CUGUCAUUGAGUUUUAUUUUAUUAUUUUAGGAAAAUAGGGAAAAGAAAGCUUUCAGUGAUUGUAAUGAUAUUUUCGUGAAUCAUGUACAUGUUUUCUAAUAAUCUAGUAGUUGUAAGUGAAACUAUAAUAUACCGGUAGUGAAAAUCAGUUAGCGAUGAUAAGUAAAAAGGCUUAAUAAUUGACGACGAUGGCGUCGGAUGGAGAAAUUUCGUGUACGAAUGAUCCUAAUUUCGCCGUUAUCUACUCAUUCUUGAAAGUGUUCGGUAAAUUGUAUAAUAUAGACGUCCCUACGAUAGCUAAAUUGCAGGAGUUGAUAGAGAACACGCAGGAAGUGCUCGACCCGUUAAAAGAACUUCACUUGAGGUUGUUGCGCCGCGCGUUGAAAUCUGUCCAGAGCAAUAGAUGGGAGAGAUCGCUCAUCAAGUUUUGCCACCAGCAGAGAUACCACCAGGAGGCCUGGGAAAUAGAAAGGUUUUCUUACAAGAAAGCUAGUACUCAAGUGAAGUUGCGCAUAUUGAAAUUAUUACUUGAAUAUCAGUUCACAUGUCACCCAAAGUUCAAAGCUGCCGUGACUACCAUAUCAUGCAAGGAUCUACGACUGGAUCCAGUGGGGAGGGAUAAGAACGGCUGUGUUUAUUGGCUACAGGUAGACCAUGACGCCAACCUGUGCCUCUACAAGGAAGACCAGGAUGAGGAGACAUGGCAGCUCAUAGCUAACAACCGGGAGGAGCUAAUAAAAAUCAUUGGGCAACUAAAGAAUGGUGAAGAAAUAACUCCAUCUAUUGUUUCUAACAAUAAUGAGGACUCAUGUAGUGCAGAAGUGCCUCAGCCUCAAACAGAGCCUUCAAAAUCAUCAGAUGUUGAAGAAGAGAAUGAAGAAGAGUUCCUAAGUCCUGAAUCUGAAUCUGACAAUGAAAGUGAUGAUCAUAAAGAACAAGGCAAACCAGAGAAGCCUUCAGAGAGCAAUGAUAAUUAUCAAUCAGUAGUAGUAAAACAAAACAGUGAUGUAGAUUGUACUGAUAACAAUAGCAAUAUAGAAUGUAAGAUAGAAGUAAAAGACAAAAAUGAAAUCGACUCUAGUGAUAAUGUAAAUAUUCAACCAGAAGAAAAAGCAGCUGAAAGUAUUCCAGACGAUUCUAACAAAGAAACAACUGAACAGAAAGAAGAAGUAGAGAACACAAAAGAAGAAGAGGAUGAAGCAGUUGCAGAACCUAUAGGUGAGGAAGAAGCUGUUGGAGAAGCAAUAGAGGAAGAGGAAGCUGUUAAAGAAGCAGUUGGUGAGGCAAUAGAGGAACCUGUUAUGAUUGUAAAAGGUGAAGGCAGUGGGGCAGAUUGCGAAAGUGUAUACUUCUUUGGUGACGAAAUUUCCGAACCUGUGAUGUUUUUUUACGGAGAUGGUUAUGGAGCCGAAAAUGAUACUGGAAACCUCGAAGCAACAGAACAAGUUGAUACUAAUGAUACCAAGAAUGAAGAUGAAAACCCUCCCGAGGAAUGUAAUGGUGAAAAUCACGACGGCACUGUGUCUAGUAAAAAAAUGAAACUAAAGAGUGUUAAAUUAAAAGGUAAAAUGUCUGCUAAUAAACGCUCCUUAAAGAAAAAACCGAAUGAUUCUACUGACAAUUUAAAAACUGACUGCAAGAAACAUUGUAUACGAGAUAUGGACAAGUCAAAUGAAUCAAAUUCUAAUUCACAUGAUGAUUCAAAAAGAGAUUGCAGCAUAAACGAAAAAAGUACUACAGAAUGUGUAAAUGUUAGUAAAAGCAGAAAAAAGAAGCUCAGAGGCAAGGUUAAGAAAAUACAAAUUACACGGAAUGUUAAAAGGAAUUCAAGUAAAGAUCCUUUUAACUCUGUGUCGGAAUCUGACAAAUGUCGAAAUAAUAAGAACAGUAUUAUAGAGAAGAGGAAAAGUAGUCUAUCCUCAGAACAAGGCGAAGACAAUAGUGAAAAUGAAAAAGAAAAACGUCCUGACAAAUCAGUUAAACCAGAAGAUGACUUGCCAACUAAAAAGUUACGCUUAGCACCUACAUCCGAAUUUGUAAAUGUACAACAUUCCAAUGACCUGUCCGACAAUAAAGAAGAUGCAAAUUCGCCCGAGAAUAAUGAAAACCUUAAUUCGAAUACUAAUGUAUUAAAAGAUCCUUUAUCUAGUAGGAAAAAAAUAAAAGCCAGAAAGGGAAAAUUUAAAAAGAAACGUUUUGUAAAGAACACUAGUGAUGAUAAAAGUGAUAGAGUUAGUGAUGUUAAGAAAUCAAGUAAAGCUGUUAAAAGGUCUUUAUUAAAUGCAAACAAAAGUGACAAAAGUGAAUCUCAAAGUGAGAGCGAAGAAGAAGAAGCCGCAACAUGCGGGAAAAGGUUGAAAAUAAAGCCGAAGAAAAUAAACAGAUCAAGCAGGAAAAAAGUGGAAGCUAAACUCUUGGCAAAGGGUUCAAGUGAAUCUGAAGAGGAGACCCUUCAUAAUUUAGGUAAAAAAUCAGCGAAGAAAAAUCUAAGAAAGAAGCCCAAAGGCAAAGAGAAAGAAAAAGAGGCAGACAAGUCGAAUAAGCAACCCGCGCAAGGUGACGACGACACACCCGUGCGACAGUCGCGUCGCAUCGCGCAGAUGAAGAUCAAGGAAGAAGCUGAUAGGCGGCAACUGGAGGAGGUGGCCUUACGAGAGCUGAAGAUGAUACACAAAAAGAAAUCCAAGGACGAUGAAGAGGAAUGGCAGGCAAGCGAGUGCAGUUCAGACUCUGAUGUCAAGAAGCCCAAAAAGAACAACGCGACGUGGAAGGCGUCCGACUCAACCGGUCCUGACCAGGACAGUGACUCUGAAGAACCCCUCUUUGAAAACUAUGAACCGGAACCCGAUUUGGAUUUCAAUAAAUCCGAUCACGAGUUCUCGCCGGAAUCAGAUCUAGAGACAGGCGAUUCAGCAGAGCCCCUGAAACUGGCAAGAACUUUGCAGGAAGGUGCAGCUAAUGACGAUGGAUUCUGCAAGCGUUGCGGAAGUGCGGAGCAGCCGGAAUGGAUUCUUUUGUGCGAUGUUUGCAACGAGGGUUACCACGCUAGCUGUCUCAAGCCCAUGCUAUUCGUCGUGCCCGAGGGAGAUUGGUUCUGUCCGCCAUGCAACCACGAGAGGCUAAUAUCAGCGUUAGAAAAAGAACUGACAAAGUACGACGAGCUACUCGCUAACGUAGAAGCGGAGAGAGAACGGAAGAAGUUAGAAGCUCCGAAACAGGAGAGCGAAGAAGAGAAACCUUCUAGUGAUGAGAAGAACAAACGAGAUAAUGACGAAGACUCAGACUCAGGUUCCGAGGGAAGUAGCGGCUGGUCGUCCGAGGAGGCGGUAUACCGUCUUCGAGCGCGGAAACAGCUACCGGUUUCCUACCGCUCGCAGGAGUACGACCGACUCAUCAGCUCAGCCAUCAAGGAGGAAUACGUUGAACCGACGACCAGUGCGGGCAACCAGGGCCGCGGGAAAGAUAUAUCGACCAUCAUUGAAGCCGCUGAAGAAGAGAAAUUGAAAGCCGAAAGAGAAGCUAUCGAACAGGGCAAACCCGUCGAGUUUAAGAAGUCAAAGAAAAAGCAACGGAGAAAGCCACGAAAGUUGAACUCCCUGGAGGUGCCUUCCGAGGAUGACGACGAAACUGACGAGGACUUUAAAGAUACGGGAAUGGAAUCUUCGUCAGAGGAAAUAUCGUCAUCAGCGGAACGAGAUAGUUCGGGUACCAACUCAUCGGACCAACCUAUUCGACGAAUUUGCAGGCCGGAGAAAAAGAAAGAUCGCCAGAGGUUAAUAGAAUCAUCACCGGAAACGAAGAAGAAGAAAAAGGUGUUCGAAGACAGUUCCAGUGAGUCUGCGGGCGCCAAAGAGUGGUCAAACAAAUCAAAAUCGAAGUCCUACCAUAAUCGACCGCCCAAAAAACGGGACAAGUCCAAGAAGUCCCGAAAGCGCAGCGGUCUAACACAGUACGACGCAGAAGGGAACGUUAUAAGGGCGCGCGUCACGUACGGGGGCUUGAGCGACGAAGGUGUCAACGACUGGUCGCCAAAACACCGCACGCGCCAAAAGAAGAUCAACUACACAGAGAUGCCCAACACAGAGUCCGAGGAUGAGAUGCACAAAUCUAGCGGGAAGCACAUGCCAGACAGUUCGGACGAGUUCAAAAUAGACGAUUCCGAUGUAACUUCCGAUUCGGACUGCGAGGCUGCGAAGAGGCGCAAAGACGAAGAAGAGAACGAGGAGAGGACGAAGAGGGCAAUGUCGGACCUCAUCAAGAAAACUGCGGUGGUGCCGCUACACAAGUUGCCCGAUAACGUUACAUCCAUUAAAACUGAGAGCGCCGAACCGCCGCCACCAGAUAUUGCAGAAGAACAAGACAGUGAAGUUGUGAGUACGCCAAUUACGCCCCGCCCACUACGCGGUAGAGGGAGCAGAGGUGGUCGUGGCAGCCGAGGACCCCGCGGAGGUCGCGGCGGCCGCGGAGGAUCGUCGUGCGCUACUCAGUCGAGCGACGACGCGCUCGCCAAACUAGUGGGGGUGAAGAUUAAAGAUCUGAAACCGGAAGGUGAACCCGGGCCGUUGCGACCAGAUCAGGUCGAAAGAGAAAAGAAAAGGCAAGAACGGGAAGCGAAACUAGCAGAGAAAGAGGCACGAAAACAGGAAAGAAUGCAGAAGAAAGAAGAGAAAGAGAAACUAAAAGAACUAAAGGCAAAAGAGAGGGAAGAGAAACGCCUAGCAAGAUUAGCUUUGCAGGAAAGUAAGAAAAUAAAGAAGGAAAAGCCGGAGUUUAUGGGGCCCAUGGGCUACGGACCUCCUAUGCGGCCUAUGCAGCCGGAUAGACCUUAUGGUAACAGUCCCAUGGGGCCGAGGCAUCCUGGCGACUUCCAGGAGCAACGGUUUCCAGCUACACCGCGGUUGCAGGUACGAGCCGAACUGCGAGGUAUUGCCAUUCCAGAGGAGCGACGUCCCGACCAACACCAUCCCGCCAUGCGAGAAGGUACUUUGUCGGUAGCGGGAUCUCCUCAGCCGUUUAAGCCUGUCGCAGAAGAGCCCAGCAUCAUCACGAGAAUGCCGCAUAACAUGAUAAAUCAACAAUACAGGGGCUCGAUGAUGUACCCGCCGGGCAACGCGCCCUACCGCGGCCAGGGCAUGUACCAGAUGCACCCGGCGCACCCCGCACUCAACGCGCCGCGCCACAACUACCAGUACUACCCGCACCUGCAAGCCGGCCCCUACCGCCCCGGCUCCCCGCACGGCGCGCCCGCCUCCCCGCAGGCACCGCUGCCGUACGGGCCCAUGCACCACCGCCCGCCCGGACACCCGCAGCACGCCAUGCGGCCCGGGCCCUUCCCGCGCCCCGACGGGCACGGCCCCCACCCGCACGCCAUGCCGCCCCACGGUCCCAACAUGCGACACGGUCCGCCGAUGCAGCAUGGCCCACCUGUUUCCUCUCCCCACGGCCCGCCCGUCUCCGCCCCCCACGGCCCGCCCGUCUCCUCUCCACACGGCCCGCCCGUCUCCUCUCCUCACGGCCCGCCCGUCUCUUCGCCCCACGGACCGCCGGUCUCCUCCCCCCACGGUCCACCCGGCUUCCGACCCCCGGGCAUUAUGAAUCUCCGCGUUCCCGGCCCAGUUCAGCCGGGACAUCUUCCCAUCCGCACGCAAGGUCCGUCAGGGUCUCCGGCGCCGCAAAAAACUCCCCCACCGAAUUCGGAACCGGAGGACGGUGUAAUAGAACUUCCAAUAAAAAUCAAGGCGGAAGUCAAGACCGAGCCCGACUACCAGUCGCCGCCGGGCUCGCCCGCGCAGCGUUCGCCCGAGCCCCCCAAACCCCACCUCAAGAUCAAGCACACGGACAACAAGGAUGGCCGCCCGCGGUUCCCUCUAGGUCCUUACGCGCCGCACUAUGGCCCCUACGGGCCCUACGCGCCGCACGCGCCGCCUGGCGCCCAGCCACCCGAUGCCCUGUUGCUCCAGGCGCAGCGGUCGCACCACAAUCCGCUGCAGAGAAUGCCGUCGAACAUGCGCCAGUACUUGCCCAAUAACCCCGCUGAAAUGUCCCCGGGCGACGGUCCCGGGCUGAUUCCGCGCCCAGCACUCGGGCGUCCUCCAAUGCACGACGGGCUGCGACACCCCCACCCCGACCGGCCGAUAAUGCACGACAUGAUCCGCCCUCCCGGACCCGAGCGCUCCAUAAUGCAGGAUCUGUCGCGACUCGGACCCGACCGUCCGGGAAUGCACGAUAUGGCAAGACAACAAGCGCCCGAUAGGCCAACUAUGCACGAUAUGUCGAGGCCCGAUAGGCCACUAAUGCACGAUGCGUUAAGGCCUCCUGGGCCCGAUCGGUCGAUAAUGCGCGAGGCUCUCAGGCCCGGCCCCGACCGGCUCAUUAUGCACGAUAUGAACAAACCACCAGGAUCGGACCGACUGUCCUUACACGACAUGUCGAGACCGCCGGGCGGCGAUAGACCUAUGCACGAUGUUUCAAGGGCUCCCGCAGCCGAUCAGCAGAUGCACGAAAUGCCGAGGCCCCCGGCACGGGUCCGACCACUGCAUGAAAUGUCGAGAUUGCCUGAAGUUGAUCGUCCAUUACAUGACAUGACGAGGCCGCCUAGUGGCGAUCGACAAAUGCAAGAUAUGGCGAGACCGCCGAGUAGUGAUCGACAAAUACACGAUAUGACAAGACCGCCUGGGGACGAUCGACAAAUACACGAUAUUGUGAGACCGCCUAAUGGCGAUCGACCAAUGCAUGAUAUGGCGAGACCGCCAAGUGGCGAUCGACAAAUACAUGAUAUGGCGAGACCGCCAAGUGGCGAUCGACAAAUACUCGAUAUGGCGAGACCGCCAAGUGGCGAUCCACAAAUACUCGAUAUGGCGAGACCGCCAAGUGGCGAUCGACAAAUACACGAUAUGGCGAGACCGCCUAGUGGCGAUCGGCAAGUACAUGAUAUGUCGAGACCCCUCAGUGGCGAACGACAGAUUCACGAUAUGUCGAGGCCCCCUAGUGGAGACCGCCCCACACACGAUAUGCCCAGACCUCCCAGCGGAGACCGCCCUAUUCACGAUAUGUCAAGGCCCCCCUGCGGCGAUCGCCCCAUCCAAAUGUUAAGGCCCCCCAGCGGCGAUCACCCGAUCCACAUGGCGAGGACUCCCAGUGGCGACCACCCGAUCCACAUGGCGAGGCCCCCCAGCGGCGAUCACCAGAUCCUCAUGGCGAGGACUCCCAGCGGCGAUCACCCGAUCCACAUGGCGAUACCCCCCAGCGGCGAUCGCCCUAUCCACAUGGUGAGGCCGCCUAGCGGCGAUCGCCCUAUUCAAAUGGGGAGGCCUCCCAGCGGGGAUCGCCCGAUCCACGAUAUGACGCGGCCGCCCGUGGCAGCAGACGGCCGGUCUCCGGGGCCGGAGCGGCUGUCGGCGCCGCGGCCGCCCGGCGCCGGCCCCGUGCCCGACAUGAUGCGGGCGCCGCCCCCCGAAAGACUGAUGGGCCACGAGCUACCUCCGCACUACCCGUACAUGCGGCCCCAGCCGCGCCCGCCGGUCCGCCUCGCACCCGGCCGCGCCAGCCCCGGCCUGCCCUACGCGCCCUACCAGGACGUGCACCGCAUAGAGAAGCAGCCCCACCCGGCCGCCGCGCCCCCCGAGCGCCCCCACUCGCCGCGGUCCCCGAAGGAGCCCGAGGGCCCCGCGUCCCCGUCCGAGGCCAAGCCGGCCACGCGGCCCGUCAAGGAGGAGGGCGGCAGCGUGUUCGGCGGCCUCGUGAGCUACUUCUCGUCGCAGCGCGAAGACGACCUGGACGCGUAGCGCGCGCACUGUACAUACUAUGACCUAGAUAAUUUUAUUUAUACCGCCCGCGACGGGCGCUAGUGACGUACGCUAUGUAUGAUAUUUUAUGAAGUUGACGUUUAGAUUCCCGAAGUUUAAUGAGUCUUUUUGGUCUCGAAUAGAAACGAUGUAUUAUUAUUUUGUUUAAUUUAAGCGAGAUUUAUUUAUAUACAAAAAAAAACGAUAAGUACUUACACAGUAUACUCUAAAUACGAAUUCUAAUAAAGAUCGAUUAUUUCAUUUUGCAAAUAAAUGUUUUCUCUGAAACAUUUGCUUUCAUUAUUGUAUUCCUGUCUGUGCCGCAAUAAGAUAGUUUUGUCUUGUCAUCAUUUUUGUAUAUUACUCAGUAAAAAUUUAACAUAGAUUGCUAAUUGA